AUUGAAGAACAGACAUAUUAAAACGACUGGCUCACAAGUAUGAGCUUCUUCUUUCAAUUUUCCAUUGUCUUCCUGGUUUUUAGUGGAGUAUUUGCACAACCAACUCACGAGGAAUGUAGAGAAGAAUUGAAAAGAGCUGUGGAUUGUGCUAAGAUUGUUUCUCCCAGUAUUUACGAGUUCACCGACGAGAAAACAUUUCAAGAAAACAAGAAAACUGUCGAACAAUCUAGAAAAUGCACUGGCGAGCUUCAGUGCGAUGUAACCAAGAGUAUUGUUAAAAUGGAUUCCGCAAAAUUGGAAUUUGUCGAAAAAUUGAGUAAAAUUAAUUGGUGUACUGGAAAUAACGUAUACUCAAAAGUCAAGCAACAAUGUGCAAAAAGCACAAAAGCGGCCAAACAAUCCUGCUCGAGUUAUUCGGAAUUUGUUACCUGCAUCGAGGAAAACUUGGCUAAGCAGCCAUCAUGCACCCAAGAGGAUGUCGAAAAGUUCAAAACUUUCUCCAAUUUGAUCAUCGAAAUCUGCAAUCUGAAAAUGGAUCAUAUCAAAGCAUUUUCAGAUUUCAAAAAGGCUGAUUUUAUUCAAUAAAGUGGGAAAAUUUACGAAUA